AUGUUGCAAAUCCGUAAUCCUAUCUCCCUCUGCGCCCACGAGCGGAAGCCGGAGUGUGGGCCUCACCGCCCCGCAGACCCCGGGGCGCGGGGACAGUGUACUCCGGUCGCCCCGGUGGCAGUGGGGACCGUGGCCCACUCUCACCUUCUUCUUUCUGCCUGUUGCCUGCAGGGUUCUCCCUACGACCACACGCCGGGCAUGGCGGGCUCCUUGGGGUACCAUCCCUACGCGGCGCCCCUGGGCUCCUACCCUUAUGGGGACCCCGCGUACCGCAAGAACGCCACGCGGGACGCCACCGCCACGCUCAAGGCCUGGCUCAACGAGCACCGCAAGAACCCCUACCCCACCAAGGGCGAGAAGAUCAUGCUGGCCAUCAUCACCAAGAUGACCCUCACCCAGGUGUCCACCUGGUUCGCCAACGCGCGCCGGCGCCUCAAGAAGGAGAACAAGAUGACGUGGACCCCGAGGAACCGGAGCGAGGACGAGGAGGAGGAGGAGAACAUCGACCUGGAGAAGAACGACGAGGACGAGCCGCAGAAGCCCGAGGACAAGGGCGACCCCGCGGGCCCCGAAGCAGGUUGGUGCGCGCGGGAAGGGGUGUGCGGAGUGGGAGGAAGAGCCUGGGAAGGGCAGGAGGGGGGACGUGCGGAGAAGGGGCGCCCAGGGCCAGGAGGUUGGGUGGGAGUCUUGGCUUUGCGGGCUGGGACGGCCCCCCCUCCCCCUGCCCGGAGGCCUCUAGGCGGCUCACGGCCUGGGUUUCGCCCGCAGGAGGAGGAGAUCGCCAAGCCCAAACUGUGGUCUCUGGCCGAGAUCGCCACCUCCUCGGACAAGGUCAAGGACGGGGGCGGCGGGAGUGAGAGCUCUCCAUGCCCACCUUGCGCCGGGCCCAUCGCCGCGCAGGCUCUCGGAGGCAGCCGCGCCUCGCCGGCCCCUGCACCGUCUCGCUCGCCCUCGGCGCAGUGUCCCUUCCCGGGCGGGACGGUCCUGUCCCGGCCUCUUUACUACACGGCGCCCUUCUAUCCGGGCUACACGAACUAUGGCUCCUUCGGACACCUUCAUGGUCACCCUGGGCCCGGGCCAGGCCCCACGACCGGUCCGGGCUCGCAUUUCAAUGGAUUAAACCAGACGGUGUUGAAUCGAGUGGACGCUUUGGCUAAAGAUCCGAAAAUAUUGCGGAGCCAGUCCCAGCUAGACCUGUGCAAAGACUCUCCCUAUGAAUUGAAGAAAGGUAUGUCCGACAUUUAACACGGGCUGCGUUGUCCCAGACUUUCCUAAUUUAUUUAAAAAAAAACAAAAAACAGACACAUGGCCUUGGCAGUUAUUUUUCCAUCAACAAGAGAGAAAAAACUACCCCUCCUAUUAAAAAGUUUAUAGUUGAUGGAGAUGGAUGACAUAAAAAUGUAAACAUCUCCACACACACGUGCACACACCCACACACACACACAAAUGUCUUAACCCACCGGAAAGUUAAAAUAAGGAUUUGUAUUAAAUCUUAUUCUGUAUAUUUAAUGUAGCAUUUUGUAUUUAAAUUGAUAAUUCAAUAUCUUUGAAGUAAAUUAUGAAAUUAAGACACCUAUACAGGCAUCUAAUGGUUUUUUUGUAAUAUAAGUAUAUACAUUUGUGUCCCACCCACCCCCAAAAAAACUGUUUCAUAGUUUAAAAAUACAAGUUUAAUUUAAUUUUUUUACACCUAUUGAUUUUUUUUUCUGGGUAUGAGCUAAAGUAUUAUUACAGAAAGGAAUCAGGUUAUACUCUUAGAUUUCAAAAGUAAAAAGAAACUGCAGCCGCCUUUGUAAAAUGCAAAGUAUUUAAUUAAAAGAGAUUUUAACAUAA